CGGCGGAUGCACGGGGCCGCGCGGAGAGGCCCCAGUCGGCUGCAGCCUCCAGGAUCAUUGGCAUCAGCCUGCAGGAAGCCCAGCAGAUCCUCAACGUCUCCAACCUCAACCCGGAGGAGAUCCAGAAGAACUACGACCACUUGUUCAAGGUGAACGACAAGUCGGUGGGAGGCUCCUUCUACCUGCAGUCCAAGGUGGUGAGAGCCAAGGAGCGGCUGGACGAGGAGCUCCGCAUCCAGGCCAAGGACCAGAAGGAGAAGAGCCAGAAAGCUGAGACGUGA